AAAAAAUCUGACAAGACAUGUCAUGUAGAUAUCUUUAUAGGAUAUAGUCGUCUAUGAAGCAUCUCAUGUUGCGAUAACAUUCUAGUCUGUGUUAGUAAAUUGAAAAAAGAAUCCUAAGUAAACAUAACCGUAGUUCUUGUUUGUGUCGAAGGUCAGUAUUCAAAAUUAUUUCAGAGACAUCAUCUGUUAGAAUAUCAUCUGAACAAAUAAAGGUAAGAAAAUUUCCAAAUACUUUUUUCAUGAUAUUCUAGUAACACUCAAUCCUGUAUAAUCACAAAAUUAACAAAACGUUUAAUAUUUAUCAUUAAUUUACUUGACGCGGUUUAUUUUUAGAGAUGGCUGGAAAACGACGAGUUAUAAUCGACGUAGAUGCCGGUUCGGACGAUGCCAUAGCUUUGCUCAUGCUGAUAGCAGCGCACAAACGGGGUGAUGUGGAACUAAUGGGUAUCACUUGUGUGGCGGGUAAUACAAAUGUGGAUAAUGUUGCGAUAAAUGUUUUACGUGUUCUGGGUGCAGUAAAGGCUUUAGAUAUCCCCAUUUACAAAGGUGCAUCGGAAGGUCUGAUUCCUCUAGAUAUUCCAAAUUCCACAGAAUCUGAGUUCCAUGGUGGUGAUGGAUUUGGUGAUUUGGAUCACUAUGGAAAUGAUCCUGAUUUGAGUUUAAUUAAACCAGAACAUGCAGUAAAUUACCUUAUUUCUGCAGCUAAACAGUAUGAAAAUGAAAUUACUUUUAUAUUUGUUGGGCCUCUGACAAAUGCAGCACUUGCAAUUAAAAUGUAUCCGGGUUUUCUAGACAAAACUAAGGAUGUGUAUAUAAUGGGUGGCAACUAUAAAGGCGUGGGUAAUAAAACAAGAGCAGCAGAGUUUAAUUUUGUCUGUGAUCCUGAGGCAGCAUUUUUAGUGUUGCAUAAUGCAAAGAAGCCAUUACAUAUUGUACCUUGGGAAACAUGUACAAGUAUUAAUCUUCCUUUGAAAUGGAGAUUUGAUGUCAUGGGACAAAUUAACAAUGCGCAAAUGAAUUUAAUGAAUCCAAUUGAGAAAAGCAUUUAUGGAAAAUACAAGACUGAUUUUUACUAUGUGUGUGAUGCUAUUUGCGUAGCAUGCUUUCUGUACCCUGAUUUGGUCAAAAAUUCAUAUGAAGUUCAUGCCACUGUUGAACUUCAAGGAUUAUAUGCACGAGGGCAAAUGGUUCUGGAUCAUAGAAAAAUAUUUGCAAAUUUACCAAAUGUAAUAUUUGUUACUGACAUUGACUUGGAAAUGUUCAAGAAAAUGCUAUUAUUUGCAGCAGGCCAUGAAAAUUCAGGUUACUGAAAAUCCACAAGGUAUGCGCCAAAAGAAAUGUGGCACAAAUAUGUGAAUAAAAUCAAUUGUAUAUUUUUAAAUUAAUUUUUGUA